ACCAUAUCUUAUCAUCUCACAUCCAAGAAACAUAUAACAUCUUUUCACCAUGGCCUCCUCCUCUAUAGCUUGUGUGCAAUUUUCAGUGAAGAAAUCCCUUGUAAUUCCAUCAACUAUUGUUGGUACAAAAUCCCCUGUAACUCAUAAAAACAAAAAACAGAGAUCGUUGAAAGUGGUGGCCGCCAUUGGAGAUGUUUCAUCCGAUGGAACAGUUUACUUAAUUGCUGGUGCUGCUGCUGUAGCAUUAGUCGGAACUGCUUUCCCUAUACUCUUUUCUCGCAAAGACCUGUGUCCAGAAUGUGAUGGGGCAGGAUUUGUGAGGAAAGGAGGGGCGGCAGCUUUGAAAGCGAAUGCAGCUAGAAAAGAUGAAGUUCAGAUUGUUUGUGCAAAUUGCAAUGGUCUUGGCAAACUCAACCAAGUAGACAAGUAAACAUCAUCACAUAAUAUUAUUAUACACCAUAUGCUUCCAUAAGUACCUACCUAUGGAACUUGUAGCUCCUUCGUAUUUGCAAGUUAUUAAAGUAAUACAGUUGAACUCC